ACAGAGGAGAGGGGUGUGAGAGUGCGAGAGAAAGAGAAAUAUUUCCACCCACCUACCAAGGAGACACACUCAUAAACCGGCAGGCAGACAGGGUGAGAGUUAGAAUGAAACAAGCUCUCAGGGCUGCAGCAGUUCAAACCUAUGCAAACUUUCAUUGAGAGCUGAUGUUCUAUUAAAGGGGAGGACAAGUCACACAGACACACUCCAACACUCACUCGCUAAUAAACACUGAGACAUUCAGACACAUAAGCAAGGACAGGCCUACCUAGAAAGAUUGGCAUCCAAAAGAGAGGCGAGGUCCAUUAAGGACACACAGUGAAUUCUUUAUCCUGACUCGGACAAACACGUGUGCUGAAGGUGUGCUACAUAGUGUGAGGAGCAGGACUGGACUGUUUCAGCCCAACAAGUAGAGCAUCAGAGAGGAAGCAGCAAGCGAGUGGAUGGAUGCCUUCUGCCGACUCAGUGGCCUGGACCCACUCUGGGAUUGGAACCGCACUUGGUACACAGCCAACCCAGACUUGACCCAGUGUUUUCAGAACACAGUUCUAGUGUGGGUGCCCUGUGUCUAUCUGUGGCUCCUGGCCCCCCUCUACUGCCUUCACCUUUACUGCCAUGACCACGGACGCAUUCAGGUGUCCUCCCUUUGUAUCGCCAAGAUGGUGCUCGGGUUUCUGUUGGCCUCUUUCGGCUUUGUGGAGUUUUUCUACAUCUUACUGGAGAGGAGCCAGGAGAUCGAGCAGCACAUGGUCUUCCUUCUUAGCCCCAUCAUCCGCAGCAUGACUGUGAUCCUGGCUUUAUGCAUCAUCCAGUUGGAAAGAAUACGAGGUUGUCGCUCUUCUGUAUUCCUCUUCCUCUUCUGGGUCUUGGCUGUUGUUUGUUCCCUGGUGCCUCUCAGAGCAAAGAUCCAGCUGGUCAUAGAUGAGGGUAUUGCCUCUGAUAUUGUGAGAUAUUUGGCUUUUUUCUCCUACUUCACGAUUCAACUGGUCCAGCUCUUCUUGUGCUGCUUUUCCGACCUACCUCCAGAGGGGAAAAACAUUUUGGAAAAGAAUCCUUGCCCUGUUAAAGAUGCCUCUUUUUUGUCCAAGAUUCUCUUCUGGUGGUUUACUGGGCUUGUUGUGAAGGGAUAUCGCACUCCUCUGGCAGCAGAGGACCUGUGGACGCUGAGAGAGGAAGACACGUCGCAUAAGAUUAUCUCUGUGCUGCAAGAGGACUGGACAGUGGAAUGUGCCAAGAUUCAAAAGCAGGAAAAGGCCUUGACAUCAGGUGUGGCACUGGGGAGCAGGUUGCCGGACCAAGCUCAGCUUCUCAGGAAGCUUCACAAGGAGCAGAGCUCUGGCUUCUUUCUGUUCAGAACUCUGGCACGCAAGUUUGGGCCAUACUUCCUUACUGGUACAAUGUGUAUCAUAUUCCAUGAUGCCUUCAUGUUCGCCAUUCCCCAGGUGUUGAGUCUUCUGCUGGGCUUCAUGCGAGAUGAAGAUGCGCCAUUGUGGAAGGGCUACUUCUACGCCACUCUCAUGUUCCUGCUCUCUUGCCUCCAGUCCCUCUUCAACCAUCAGUACAUGUACACUUGCUUCACAGUGGGAAUGAGGGUUAAGACAGCUGUUAUGGGCCUGGUUUACAGGAAGUCUUUGGUGAUAAAUAGCGCUGCCAGGAGGACCUGCACUGUUGGAGAGAUUGUAAAUCUGGUUUCAGCAGAUACUCAGAAGCUCAUGGACUUUGUGGUGUACUUCAACGCUGUCUGGCUGGCCCCCAUAGAAAUUGCCCUUUGUCUCUUCUUCCUGUGGCAACACCUUGGACCGUCAGCAUUGGCAGGUAUUGCCACAGUCAUCCUCGUUUUUCCACUGAAUGGACUGAUAGCAAAGAAAAGAAGCAAGCUGCAGGAGAUUCAAAUGAAGUUCAUGGAUGGCCGCAUCAGACUAAUGAACGAGAUUUUGAAUGGAAUAAAGAUUCUGAAGUUCUAUGCCUGGGAGAAGGCCUUCCUGGAGCAGGUGUUGGGUUAUAGAGAAAAAGAGUUGAAGGCCCUGAAGAAGUCCCAGAUCCUUUAUUCCAUCUCUAUUGCAUCUUUCAAUUCCUCUUCUUUCAUGAUUGCUUUUGCGAUGUUUGGAGUCUACAUAAUGCUUGAUGACAAAAACAUCCUGGAUGCUCAGAAGGUUUUUGUUUCAAUGGCGCUGAUCAACAUUCUGAAGACCCCACUUAGCCAGCUUCCAUUUGCAAUAAGCACAACCUUGCAGGCUGUGGUUUCACUAAAACGUUUGGGGAAAUAUCUGUGCUCAGAGGAACUCAAAGUGGACAAUGUCUUAAAGGCUUCAUUGAGUUCUGACGGGGAAGAUGUGCUGAUUGAAAAUGGAACUUUCAGCUGGUCUGCGGAGGGCCCUCCAUGUCUUAAAAGAAUCUCCAUCCGUGUGCCACGAGGUUCGCUUGUAGCUGUGGUCGGACACGUGGGCAGCGGAAAGUCGUCUUUAUUGUCUGCCAUGCUUGGAGAAACAGAAAAGAGAAGUGGUCAUGUCACUGUGAAGGGUUCUACAGCAUAUGUGCCCCAGCAGGCUUGGAUCCAAAAUGCCACAGUCCAAGACAAUGUCAUGUUUGGGCGGGAAAAGCUGAAGACGUGGUACCACCGUGUGUUAGAAGCCUGUGCCCUUCUGCCUGACCUUAACAUCCUACCUGCUGGAGAUGCAACAGAAAUUGGCGAGAAGGGGCUAAACCUCUCAGGCGGACAGAAGCAGAGAGUGAGCUUGGCCAGAGCUGUCUAUCGGAAGGCAGAUGUGUACCUGCUGGAUGACCCACUGUCUGCUGUUGACGCACAUGUAGGCCAACACAUCUUCGACAAAGUCAUCGGACCCAAGGGAGUGCUUAGAGACAAGACCCGUAUCCUGGUGACCCAUGGGAUGAGCUUCCUGCCGCAAGCUGACCUCAUCCUUGUCCUUGUAAACGGUGAAAUCACAGAGAGCGGCUCCUACCAGGAACUCCUCAGCCGCCGUGGCGCCUUUGCAGAUUUCAUCCACACCUUUGCCAGCACUGACCGAAAAGAAAGCGCCAUACAAAGAGCUGGCUCAAGGAGGUCCAAUGCUCGUCUCAGCAUGGUUGAUUUCAUGCCAUUCUCCAGAGACUUGUCUCAGGAGCAGCUUAUUGGGGGUGACACAACAAAUACAAACUUGCAGAAUAUGGAGCCUGUGUCUGAAAAAGAACAGGAACAGGUUCCUGAGGACCUUGGCAAGCUCACAGAGGUUGACAAGGCCCACACUGGACGAGUGAGGCUGGAGAUGUACCAAAAGUACUUUAAGACCAUAGGCCUGGCCAUCAUCAUUCCCAUUGUCUUCUUGUACGCCUUUCAGCAAGGAGCCUCGCUGGCCUACAACUACUGGCUGAGCAUGUGGGCCGAUGACCCAAUUGUUAACGGUACCCAGAUUGAUGCUGACCUGAAACUGUCUGUCUUUGGAGCACUGGGCUUUGUUCAAGGCAUUGCAAUCUUUGGUACCACCGUAGCUAUUUCCAUCUGUGGCAUCAUUGCCUCUCGCCACUUGCAUAUGGACCUGCUGGUCAAUGUGUUGCAUUCGCCAAUGUCUUUCUUUGAAUGCACGCCCAGCGGCAACUUGCUCAACCGCUUUGCCAAAGAGAUUGACGCCAUUGACUGCAUGGUGCCCGAGGGCCUCAAGAUGAUGCUGAGCUACGUCUUUAAACUGAUGGAGGUGUGCAUCAUUGUGCUCAUGGCAACACCCUUUGCUGCUGUGAUCAUCCUGCCUCUCGCAUUCCUCUACGCCUUUGUGCAGAGCUUCUACGUUGCUACAUCCUGUCAGCUGCGGAGGCUGGAAGCUGUGAGCCGCUCCCCCAUCUACACCCACUUCAAUGAGACGGUGCAGGGUGCCAGUGUCAUCCGGGCCUUUGGCGAUCAGUCUAGGUUCAUUCUGCAGGCCAAUGACAGGGUAGAUUUCAACCAGACCUCCUACUUCCCCCGAUUUGUGGCCACUCGAUGGCUGGCAGUCAAUCUGGAGUUUGUUGGUAAUGGAGUGGUGUUAGCAGCUGCCAUUCUGUCCGUAAUGGGAAAGAACACCCUGAGUCCAGGCAUAGUGGGUUUGGCUGUGUCACACUCUCUCCAGGUGACUGGAAUCCUAAGUUGGAUUGUUAGAUCAUGGACGGAUGUCGAAAACAACAUUGUUUCUGUGGAAAGAGUAAAUGAGUAUGCUGACACUGCGAAAGAGGCCAGCUGGACUAUAGAAGGCAGUUCUUUGCCCCUGGCUUGGCCCCAGACAGGCACUAUAGAGUUCCAGGACUAUGGGUUGCAGUACCGCAAAGGCCUGGAGUUGGCUUUGAAAGGCAUUAACUUGCAAAUUCAUGAAAGAGAGAAGGUGGGCAUUGUGGGAAGGACAGGAGCUGGGAAAUCCUCUCUUGCCCUGGGAAUAUUUAGAAUCUUAGAGGCAGCAAAGGGAAAGAUCUUUAUUGAUGGAGUCAAUAUUGCCGACAUCGGACUUCAUGAUCUUCGAUCACGCAUUACAAUCAUUCCACAGGACCCUGUCUUGUUCUCGGGCUCCCUCCGGAUGAACCUUGACCCGUUUGACACUUACACCGAUGAAGAUGUUUGGAAUUCAUUAGAGCUUGCUCAUCUCAAGAACUUUGUGUCUAACCUGCCUGACAAACUCAACCAUGAAUGCUCAGAAGGAGGAGAAAACCUCAGCUUGGGUCAGCGUCAACUGGUGUGCCUUGCAAGAGCCUUGCUGAGGAAAACCAAAAUCUUGGUUUUGGAUGAGGCAACAGCUGCUGUGGACCUGGAGACUGACACACUGAUCCAGUCCACAAUCCGCACCCAGUUUGAAGACUGCACAGUCCUUACCAUCGCUCACCGCCUUAACACCAUCAUGGAUUACACAAGGUUAUACUAUAAGUUUUAUGGACAAUACAAAUAAAGUACACAUUUUGACGACACCUUUUCGAUCAGGGGUGACCAAACUACAGCCAAACUACAUCAAUUUUGAGAGGAUUGCAAAAUAUAAUAAAAGAAGAAAUUACAGUAGCUCUCAUCUCUCACUUCCGUGUUUUCCAUCUAUACUAUAUCAGUCAAAUAGUAACUACAUUUCUAUUCAUUACACCUGAUGAAUAAAGAUUGUUCAAUUACAGUAGCAAAUAGCGUGAAUCACCAUUGUUUCUUUUAAGUUGUGCUCUGCAUUAAGGUAAGCUUGGUACCGAUUGUGCUUUUUUGCUUCUGAAUGUUGAGUUGUGAUUCUACUGCUGUCCAGUAUAGAUAGGGGCAGAUCUAUUAUAGUGCCAAAAAGGGCCACAAGCCCCCAAAAUUCUGAAAAAUCCUUGACCUUUUGCUUUAUUACUAGGCUA